AUGCAUACCCAACAGCUCACGCAAAUCCAUCUCGGGCCCAAACCUCAGGAUUAUGAGCCGGUAACCCAAAACAAGGUCGAAACCAGCGCCUACGCUCUGGAGGAGGCCAAGCUUCAAGACACUCUGCUGAAAUUGUGUCCCGCAAACCUCUGGCACAAUGGAUCCUACUCGAGUGGCUGUCCCCGGCCAAUCCUCGUUGGGAAGCAUCACCAGCAGCAGAUGCAGGACCUGCACGAGGCCCUGACCGUCGCCAUCACCGACAUUGUCCAACGAUGGUGGACGGACCGUGAUGCGAGAUUCCCCGAGAGGAUGCCCCUAGAGAAGGAGGAGGAGGAAAUCUUGAGGUGGGUGGAUGGUCAAGUCUCAUGCGGAAACAUUGCACCCUUCUCGGAAUGUCUGGGAUCCUGGAGACCCGACUUUCUAGUGGAUGAGGAUGAACCGCGAGAAGAAAACUACAGGAUCACUGAGAUCAAUGCUCGCUUCUCAUUCAAUGGCUUCUUGCAUGAGGCUUACGGCCAAGAAGCGCUGAACAGAUCCCUGCCAGAAGGCCCAGGUGGGCUCAUAGGCGCCACAAAUCCAGACAUGAUCCUGGAUGGCCUCUUUGGCCUCUUUCAACCACAAUAUCCACUUCAUCUCCUGAAAGGAGCUGAACAUGGAAUUGAUAUUCAUAUGUUCAUCGAUGCGGUCUGGCGUCGCUUCGGCAUCAAGCCCCGGCUCAUCACCCCUGCCGACCUCAGAUUGUUUCCUGACCCCCGGAGCAAGAGUGGGUACCGCCUUUGUUGCAUUGCCAAGAACCGCGGCGACUUCGGGUCGCCUACCAAUUCAUGGACCUUUACGACAAACGGAGGCGAGGUCUGGGAGGAGAUCCACCAGGUCGGUCUGGAGCUGCAUCAGCGAGAGCUGGUGGCCCUUGAGCCUGAGAUGUGGCGCCAAUUGAGUCUACGGUGCUUCAAUGACAUGCGGACUGUUCUGCUGGUCCAUGACAAACGCAUGCUUGGCAUUGUCAAGGACGAAAUUCCGCAUCUGGUGGCCCGCAUGGUGCUUACGCCCUCCCAGGCUGACGCCCUGGCCAGUGGGGUUGUUGACACGAUCCUGCCGGGGUCACGAAAGCUGCACGAUCUACUAGAGCUGUCCAGGGUCUCACCUCAGCUGCGGCACGAUUACAUCCUGAAGCCAAUCCGCAGCGGGAAAGGCGACGGCAUCGUAUUCGGCGAUGAUGUUGACGCAGAGGAGUGGGUGGUCGCCUUGGAAGGCCUCGUAUCGCCCAAGGUGGUGCCAGGGAUUACCUGCGUCGUACAGCGCCGCAUCAGGCCGCGCCUGUAUGAUCUCGCCUUGAAGGCGUCAGUGGGCAUGGUCCGGUAUCCUCUUGUGGGCACCUAUCAUGUUGCCAAUGGGAAGCUGCUCGGCCUUGGAACGUGGCGCGCAAGCAGCGGGCGCAUCGUUGCCGUCUCUUCAGGGGGAAGUUGGAUCUGCUCAGUUCUGAGACACGAGUAG